ACUAGAAAAUCUCGUAAUUUAAAACCCCUUCUUAAUACCGAAUCCCUCACCAAGAUGUUAAACCCUAGCUUCUGUGAAAUCCCAUCCGGCAUGAUGGGCGAGAAAUGCCGAAAUUCUAUCAAAAUGGCGAGAGAUUUCCAAGAUUCUGAAAUAUAGGGUGUUGCAGAGAGAGAGAGAGAGAGAGAGAGAGAGAGAGAGAGAGAGAGAGAGAGAGAGAGAGAGAGAGAGAUGGUGUUGAUGAGUAAUCUGUGUGGAAUGUGAAGGUUUAUUUUAGGGAAUUUGGGAACGAUGUUCGGGAAGGAGAACAAUAUGGCGCUGAUGGUGGUCGGGUUUGCCGCGAGCAUGUUGUUCAUUGUGUUCGUCUGCACGAGGCUCCUCUGCGCCCGCAUCGUCCAAUUCACUGAUUCGCGGCGCUCAAUUCCAAUGGCCCGUCCCAGAUCUGAUCUCAGUAUUCUAGAACGUGGGCUUCAUGGACUGGAACCUCUGGUGGUAGCAACAUUUCCUACUAAAAAGUUCAGUGACGAGUUCUUCUCUUCUGGUGAAGACACUCAGUGUACAGUGUGCCUUGCCGAAUACCAAGAGAAGGAUACAUUGCGCAUUCUGCCUUACUGCGGUCACUUCUUCCAUGUUGCUUGCAUCGAUUUAUGGCUGCAGCAGAAUUCUACAUGCCCUGUUUGUCGGAUUUCACUUCGAGAUUCUUCUGAUAGGAAACAGAUCAUGCCACCCAUGUUCAGUGUGCCCGUCCGAUCAUCCCCUCAUGCCCCAGGUAUCUUUGACUCGUUAUGGUAUUCGUCCCGGAUGGUUGGUGCUCCACAAACUGAACUGGUUCAGGAGGAUCAGUUGCCGUUGCAUCUCAAUGCAGUGGAAGAUGGAGAGGUGAAUUCUACAGUAACCACGGUGGGAAAUAAUGUCCCGAAAAACAUUGGCCAUCAUUGUUUAGAAGGCAAGCAUGUGGAGAGCCCUUCCAAUACAUAGCAAUGUUUGGUUGAUAGCUUGAGAUCGCUCCCAAUGCGGCCCACCAGAGAGGUAGAAAUGAUUGAAUUUUCAUGGACCAGCAUGAAAAUGUCUGAUCGUCUUUGGGAAGUUAGAUGUUCUUGUGGCUGUGUAGAUACAGGUUACAAUUUCAGUUAUUCUUUUGGUUCUUUUU